UAAAACUCGCUUAAGACGCUCUCGCUUAAGACGCUUUCCCGCAUAAGACGCUGUUUUUAGUCGGUCCCUAGACAUUUCCUAUACUAGUCAAUGUAAAAAUCACCUGUUAAGACGCUCAGUUUUUCUCUGUCUAAUCGGGUAAAACGCUCUUUUUUUCAGCAGAUUACGAUAAAUUUUAGUAGUUUUGUGAAAAUAAAAAUAGAAUUUUUAGUAUUAUACGUGUUCUUAUCGUUUUAUUUUAUCGCUAUACCUAUUUUAUCAUUACUUAUUAUAACAGUUUUACUGUAUUUCAUCGUCUUAUGAGAUUUAGUAAGUGCUGUUCGUUCGCAUGUGUAUAACCGUAAUUUCGUUAUGGCUAGUGGUAUAAAACGUAAAGCGCUAACGAUUUCGGACAAACUCAACAUUUUGAAAAAGUACGAUGAAGGAUUGGCUGAGAAAAAAAAACAAAAAGAUAUUGCUAAUGAACUGGGGAUACCUCCUUCCACUUUAAGAACUUUAUUGAAAAACAGACAUGAAAUAGAACAAAGCAGCUUGUUAGGUGGCAGCAAACGACAAAAAUUAAAACACGGGAAGUAUGAAGAGUUGGAAAAUAUUUUAUUGGAGUGGUUUCAACAAGCUCGUAGUUUAAAUUAUCCAAUAAAUGGAGGUAUAAUCACGGAAAAGGCGAUGGAGAUUGCCGCACGUCUCAACUUAACCGAAUUUAGUGGAUCGACUGGUUGGCUGGAUAGAUUUCGGAGUAGGCAUAGCAUUGUGUACCGGCAAAUAUCAGGUGAGGCUGAAUCUGUUAAUAAUGAUGAUAUAGCUUCAUGGAAAAAUAACGUGUUGCCUUCAUUACUGCGUGACUAUGCUCCUGACGAUGUAUACAACGCUGAUGAAUUCGGAUUGUUUUUUAAGCUUAUGCCAGAUAAGUCUUUUGUUUUUAAAAAUGAGACAUGCCAUGGUGGAAAGUUGAGCAAGGAACGUCUCACGGUUUUAGUAUGUACAAAUUCUACCGGAACCCAUAAAUUGAAGUUGGUCGUCAUUGGAAAAAGUAGGUCUCCUCGCUGUUUCAAAAAUGUUCGUACGUUUCCAUGUGAAUACCUUGCUCAAAGUCGUGCUUGGAUGACAGGAAUACUAUUCAUAAACUGGAUUCAACAGCUAGAUGCAUUUUUCGGUAAACAAAAGAGAAAAAUUAUUCUAUUCGUCGACAAUUGUCCGGCUCACCCUAAAGAUAUCCCUACUACCAAUAUAAAACUUGUUUUCUUUCCACCAAAUACUACAUCUAAGUUACAACCCCUAGAUCAGGGUAUCAUUAAAGUGAUAAAACAAAAGUACCGAAAAAAGUUAGUUCAGCGGUACUUGAGAGACAUGGAGAGUACCAACCAAAUUUCAACUAAAGUUAACGUUUUGGACUCCAUACAUUACGUUAGUGCCGCUUGGGAUGAAAUUAAACCAGAUGUAAUAAUAAACUGUUUUCGGAAAGCUGCAUUUGGUAUGUUGAACAACUCUGAACAGGCUGAUAGCUCACCUUUAAAAGAAGAGGACUUUCAGCUUCUGCAAAAUUUUGCUGAUUAUGCAACAGUAGAUGAUGAACUCGUAACCAGUAGCACUCGGACUUUAGAUGAAAUAAUCGCUGAUACGAACUUAGUGGACAAUGAGAAAGAAGACGACGAUCAAGAAGAAGAAGAUCAAGACUUUCCAGUAUCUACUCCUACAAUAACUACUGGUUUGCAACAUUUAUCGGAAAUUCGGAAAGUAUUAUUCUGUGUUGAAAAUUCCGAAGAAAUGUUAGGUUGUCUUAAUAAAAUUGAAAACUUUCUUGCUGAAACACAUUGUCAGAACCUUAAACAAUCAAAAAUAGAUCAUUUUUUUAAUAAACAAUAAUAAAAUAUGUAUGUAAUAAUAAUAUUUUUUUAAAUUAAAUUCAGUAGCACAAAAAUAUAAGUAUGUAUGUAUAUCGUAAUUAUAAUUAAUUUUUAAGUGUAUUUCUCAUUAAAUUAUGUUUAAUAAUAAAAAAAUAAACUCGAUAUUUCAACCACAUCAUUUUGUUUCAUUCCCGCAUAAGACGCUUUCCCGCAUAAGACGUUUUAGAGAGCUGGUCC